AUGCCUCCGAAAUCGGCCUCAAAGAAAGAAAGGCUGCCUUGGUGGAACUGUGAAAAGUGCCGGACGUACCUUCCAACAUCCGAGCUUCCGAAGCACCAAUCGGAAAACUGUGCAAACAUCGACACUUUGAGUGCGUACGUUUCUUCUGGCGGCUCGUUCCACUGUCAGCGCGUAGAGAUCGGUGAUUUGUCGGCCUCGCACGUGGAAGUAAAACAAUGUACGGCCAGUCAACGGUACGGCCUGGUUCUGUUCCCGAUAAGCGUGGUCCGAAAGCUAGGCCUGGCGACGGGGGAUUUUGUUCGAGUAACACUGAGCCAAAGCACGGAACCGCUCGGUUCCGUAGUUCGUGUACUGUGGCCUACGGAAGAUGUGAGCGGCCCAAGGUUGUCCCUUGAAGCUUUAGAUGAGUUUGACCUCAGUACCAAGGAACUGUUAAGUGCUUGUGUGGCCCCGCUUGAGUGUAGCCGUCUGGAAGACGCGGAAGAAAUUACCCUUCACCUGGCUGACCCCGAGAAAGCGGCUCUUUUUCGGAAGAAUGGAAAAUUUUUGCUCUCCUGUCUGAAGGAACGCCUGAAAGGCUCUGUGGUUCUGAGCGAAAAUGUUAUUUGUUUAAAUAUUUGCAAUAAAAGAUUCGCUUUUGACAUCGUGAACGUACGCACCGCCGGAACGGAUCUAGCCCAGGAGUUGGCAAAGAUGAGUUUGGCUGAUGGCAGAAUGUUUGUGAUUCUGCGAACGACACAGUUCGUACUCCGGGACGACUCCGAUAAGGCGGAACAGAUCCACCAAAAUCAGCGUUACGCAUUGGCCAACAUUGGUGCUCUGGAUGGUACCAUAAGCGAACUGCGAGCGUUAAUUGAUACCGCGUUUGGCAUGGGCUCCGGAACAACGAGCACGGUGCCGGAGAGGCCCAUUAGCCGUGGAAUACUCAUUUACGGUGUCUCGGGCGUCGGAAAAACGAUGCUGGUUAACGUAUUGGCCACACACUAUCAACGUUGCCACGUGGUGCGCAUCAAUUGUUCGGAGGUGUUCAGCAAGUUCUACGGCGAAUCGGAAGCCAAUGUUUCGCGACUGUUUACCGAAGCGCUCGACGUCUACCCGAAGCCGGCGCUCGUCAUCGUGGAGGAACUGCACAACCUGUGUCCGAAGAGCGCGGCGAGUGAUAUUGUGAAGCGUGCCUCACAACACUUUCUCAAUCUGCUCGAUGGUUUGCACGCGACGGUCAAUGGGAGCCGCACCAUGGUGCUCGGAACGACGGAUAAUGUGGACAACGUUAAUGCCCUGUUACGGCGUGGCGGUCGAUUGGAUUACGAGUUUGAGCUACCGGUGCCGGAUGCAGCGGGGAGGGAAUCCAUUCUGCAGCGAAUUCUGGCCCGAUUCAACCACCGUUUGUUGGCGGACGAGAUCCGAUCGGUGGCCAGCAUAACGCACGGAUACGUCGGAGCUGAUCUGGAAAAUUUGGUCGCGAACGCCGCAGCCAGUACGGCCACGAUCGAUGGUGCUGCGCUGCUGGCGGCCACGCAGCAGGUGAAGGCGAGUGCGAUGCGCGAGAUAAUGAUCGAGUGUCCGAACGUCCGAUGGACCGAUAUCGGUGGGCAGGACGAGCUGAAGCUCAAGCUGCGCCAAAUCAUCAACUGGCCUAUCCACUAUCCGGAGGUGUUCGAGCGGCUCGGCAUCAAACCACCGCGCGGGUUGCUCAUGUUUGGACCGCCCGGUUGUUCGAAAACGAUGAUCGCGAAGGCGAUCGCGACCGAGAGCCGGCUAAAUUUCCUUUCGAUCAAGGGAUCAGAACUGUUUUCGAUGUGGGUUGGCGAGUCGGAGCGAGCGGUUCGCGAUCUGUUCCGUCGGGCCCGUCAGGUCGCCCCGUCGAUCAUCUUUUUCGACGAGCUCGAUGCGAUCGGUGGCGAACGAUCCGGAGAAGGCGGUGGUAGCUCGGUGAGGGAACGGGUACUUGCGCAACUGCUCACCGAGAUGGAUGGCGUAAGUGUGCUGAAGGAUGUACGUAUCGUAGCGGCCACCAAUCGCCCGGACCUCAUCGAUCGAGCGCUGAUGCGACCGGGUCGUUUGGAUCGCAUCGUUUACGUUCGCCUUCCGGAUGAUUCAGCACGGGAGGAAAUUUUUCGCAUAAAACUAAAAACGAUUCCCACGGCCCCCGAUGCGGACGUGCAGGAGCUGGUGCGACGCACGGCCGGUUGUUCGGGGUCCGAAAUCGAAGCCAUCUGCCAGGAGGCGGCCCUGCGCGGACUUGAACAAUCGCUCGAUGUGCAGACCAUCGAAUGGGCACACUUUGAGUACGCCCUGGAGACGGUGCGACCACGCACCAGUUCCGAUCUGUUGCGCCUCUAUGACGACUAUCUGAAGCGACACCAAUAA